GAACACAUAAUACAUUUUCGCAAAAUUAAAACCUCAAACCUAACAAAAUGAACAAAAACCAAAACCAAAACCUAAACCAAAACUAAAACUAAAACUAAAAACUAAAACUAAAACUAAAAACAAAAACAAAACAAACGUCUUUUUUGCGCAGAGUAAAGAGCCAAUGAGGAGACAGAAGAAGAGCCUACGUCUUCAAAGAAAAAUAAAGCUGCAUUUUACAGACAAUUCCACGAGUCCUACUUGAAAUAUGGAUUUAUUGGGACAGGUUGUUCACACACACCAAGGCUGCGCUGCAUAAUACGCAGUGAGUGGCGGCUUUCUAAUGAGGCAAUGAAGCCUUAAAAACGGCUUCGUCAUUUGGAGACCAAGAGUUCUGCAAUAAAGACAAGCGCAAAGUUAUGAGGACGCUGCUCCUGCAGAUCAGAUAUUUAAGGUGCUGUACAGUGAUGCAUCCCCCUCUCUGUUCCGCUAUAUGAGAUUCUCUCCUCUGUCUCAAGUGGAGGCCUGCGGAUUUGCCUGUGUACAAUUUACGAAGUCUGUCGAUGCCAGGGUUUCUUCCAACAGCAACAACUUGCUAAUUGGUGUCAGCUCAUCACUUUUGUUCUACAACUUCAGUGGACUUAGUACUCACACAAACACACACACGCAGGCUCACACAUAAUCCUUUUGAACACAGUAUCAGCACUGAGCUAAAGCUAAAGGAUUUAACCGUGUUGUGUUUGAUGGUGCCGUUGUUUACUUUGGUUAAAAAAUACCUUGAACGGAGUGGAAGUAGCCUUCAGCGUUGGUGCUCGGACCUUUAACAAGACAAGUGCUUGCAGUACAAACUUUUCGGACUCAUCCAGUCAGUACACUUCAUAUCCUUCACUUACAGUGAAGUGCCGGCCAAAAGGGCUCAGUCGCAGAGACUUUUCAAAAUCUUCUUGUUAAGAUAAAAUGAAGAGGGGAAACAUCAGUGCAACCGGGGCGAAACUGAACAGAAGUGACUCUGUGGAUGGAGUGGAAAAGUGAAUUUAAACGUCAGGAUUGUUGAAAACACUGGGGAGAAUUAGUAGAUUUUUAAUUGAAAAUUUAUAUUUAAUGGAACCAGAACUUCAGCAUUUGGGAUAAAGAUACUACAGCAGUACAGCCCUUAUUGGUUAUUAAGCCCUACAAGACACGCCCCAUCGUUGAGUUUAAUUGAUAUUUUAAAAUGCAUCUAUGAGCAGCACUGAAUACAUUUAGGUGUAGUAUAUGUUAACAAUAGCAUGUGAAUUGGCUGUGUAUUAGAACAACAAGAGGUGAUACUGUACAUGUGUUACAAACUUGAAUCUGAUUAAUUUCACAAACUAAUUAUCCUGGAUUAAUGCCUUUAUUUUGUCAGCCCUAGUUUUUAUAUAUGGUGUAUGCAUUAAAGUACCUUUAAUGCAUCAUCAGUUUGUACAGCUGCACCAUCAGUGGCAACAGUUUUCUAUGGUCUGGAUGUCAAAAAGGUAAGGAAAAUUGUUAAAAAAAACAUUUAUAAAAACAACAAACACAAUGUCUAAACGUGUUUUUCAACAUAGGGGUCGCAAUCCUGUGUGGGAUCACCUGGAAUUCAUUUGGGUCCUGAAAUCUCCAGUAAAAUGACUGUGAUCACAAGCCAAAAAAGAAUGACUUCUUUAAUUCACGAGGAAUGACAGUUUAUGGCCCACUCGAAUCAGAUAACUGAAUGAAAUCUCAGCAUGAGGCAGACAAGUGCGGCGAGGGCUGGCUCCCGGUGCGCGCACACGCGCCGCUCUCCAAUUAGCGCAGGGGGCUCAUGUAAAGGUGGAUGCUCGGGUCGUCGGCAGCAAACUUGUGGAGCUGAAACUUUGACAAAGACCUCGUCAAAUGCAUGUCACCCAGACGAAAUCGGCCUGAAAUACAUGUUGCGGUUGAACUCUUACCAUGUCUGACGAGGGAGAAGAAAGCGACAGCGGCGAGAAAGCGCAUCUCUCCGAGUCCCCCUCCCCACCUCCGCCUGUGCUUCUUCACCGAGGGUCUCCUUCCCCUCAGCGGCCCCUGGACCUCUUCUCCUCAGCCUCUCCGCUGCUGGAAGACACGGAUCCACCUUACCUUGCUACCCUGGAGUGUCUUCAGCCCUCUCCGGAGCACAGGGAGCCCGGGGACAGUGCGCAUUUUACACCUCCAAAGUUCCGCCAGCGCACCGGGGUCGGCGCUUCGCCGUUUCGUUCGCAGCAGGAUGUGCGGCUAGAUGCUGGCUCUGACUGCUACGAUGAACCGUUUCCUAAAUGGAGAGGACGAGGCGCUGAGCGCUUUCAGCACCGCGGACAGCGCCUGCCACGGGCCCCGGAGCUGUCGGACUUUAGGAACCACUUCACUGUGGACAACAUAGAGCCAGAGUUCAGCUCCCAAACCCGGCAAACGGUGGAGGCCAUGCAUCGUCGACACACCACACUGAGAGAGAAGGGGCGUCGCCAAGCAGUACGAGGCCCGGCCUACAUGUUCAAUGAGCGAGGCUCAGCGCUCACUGCAGAGGAAGAACGUUUCCUGGAUGCUGCUGAAUACGGGAACAUUCCUGUGGUCCGAAAAAUGCUGGAAGAAUCCAAAACAUUAAACUUUAACUGCGUUGACUACAUGGGGCAGAAUGCUCUGCAGCUGGCGGUUGGUAAUGAGCACCUUGAAGUGACCGAGCUGCUGCUGAAGAAGGAUGGCCUGGCCAGGAUCGGGGACGGCCUGCUUUUGGCCAUUUCCAAAGGUUAUGUUCGAAUAGUGGAGGCCAUUCUGGCCCACCCUGCCUUUGGGGGGGGGCUCAGACUCGCUUUGAGCCCCCUGGAGCAGGAGAUGCGAGAUGACGAUUUUUAUGCCUACGAUGAGGACGGGACACGUUUUUCUCACGAUAUCACCCCCAUCAUCCUGGCAGCCCACUGCCAGGAGUACGAGAUCGUCCACAUCCUUUUGACGAAGGGGGCACGCAUCGAAAGACCACACGACUACUUCUGUAAGUGCACGGAAUGUGUGGAGAAACAGAAGAAAGACUCCUUCAGUCACUCCCGCUCCAGGAUGAACGCCUACAAAGGCCUGGCCAGUGCGGCUUACCUGUCGCUCAGCAGUGAAGAUCCGGUUCUGACUGCUCUGGAGCUCAGCAACGAACUAGCUAGGCUAGCCAACAUCGAGACGGAAUUUAAGAACGACUACCGAAAGCUGUCCAUGCAGUGUAAGGACUUUGUGGUGGGUGUGUUGGACCUCUGUCGAGACACAGAGGAAGUGGAGGCCAUACUGAACGGUGAUGUUGACCUGUGCCCGCCAAGGCCUUACAACCGACCCUGCCUCAGCCGAAUUAAAAUGGCCAUUAAAUACGAAGUCAAAAAGUUUGUUGCUCAUCCUAACUGCCAGCAGCAGCUUCUGACUAUCUGGUACGAGAACCUGCCUGGACUGAGGCAGCAGUCCAUCGGCGUCAAGUGCUGGACUGUACUGGGCGUCACUGUAGGUCUGCCCUUCCUGGCAAUCGCCUAUUGGAUAAUGCCUUGCAGUAGGAUCGGUCAAAUCCUACGAAGCCCCUUCAUGAAGUUUGUGGCACAUGCCGUCUCCUUCACCAUCUUCCUGGGUCUGCUGGUCGUCAACGCAUCCGACCGCUUUGAGGGAGUCAAGAACCUGCCUAAUGAGACCAUCACAGACCACCCGAGACAGGUGUUCAGGGUGAAGACCACGCAGUUCUCCUGGACAGAGAUGUUGAUCAUGAAGUGGGUGUUGGGCAUGAUCUGGUCAGAAUGUAAGGAAAUCUGGAGCGACGGGCCCAGGGAGUAUGUGAUGCAUCUGUGGAAUGUUCUGGAUUUCGGCAUGCUCUCCAUCUUUGUGGCGUCCUUUACGGCGCGCUUCAUGGCGUUCCUGAAGGCGACCAAAGCUCAGCAGUAUGUGGACAUGCACGUUCCCGACGACGACAUCAGCAAUGCUUCGCUGCCUGACGAGGUUGCCUACUUCACCUAUGCCAGGAACAAAUGGCGACCGUCAGAUCCCCAAAUCAUCUCCGAGGGCCUGUACGCCAUCGCCGUGGUGCUGAGCUUUUCACGCAUCGCCUACAUCCUGCCUGCUAAUGAGAGCUUCGGCCCGCUGCAGAUCUCUCUGGGCCGAACUGUGAAAGACAUCUUCAAGUUCAUGGUCAUUUUCAUCAUGGUGUUCGUGGCCUUCAUGAUAGGAAUGUUUAACCUGUACUCGUACUACCUGGGAGCCAAAUACAACCCGGCCUUCACCACCGUAGAGGAGAGUUUCAAGACUCUCUUCUGGUCCAUCUUUGGUCUCUCUGAAGUAAUCUCCGUGGUGCUGAAGUACGACCACAAGUUCAUCGAGAACAUCGGCUACGUCCUGUACGGCGUCUACAACGUCACCAUGGUGGUGGUGCUGCUCAACAUGCUCAUCGCCAUGAUCAACAACUCCUACCAGGAGAUAGAGGAAGACGCAGACGUGGAGUGGAAGUUUGCUCGAGCUAAACUGUGGCUCUCCUACUUCGACGAGGGUCGAACUCUGCCCGCUCCCUACAACCUGGUUCCCAGCCCAAAGUCUUUCUACUACCUAGUCCUUCGCAUCAAGUCCUGCCUGAUCCGACUGUGCAAGGCCAACGGUCACCAUCAUGGCAACGAGCUGGAGAUGGGCAAGAUCAAUUCACAGACAAAGCAGGUCGAGUGCUUCAGGUCUUACCCGCGACCGGGAGAAGAGUUUAUCCCUCGGAAAUCUCGGAAACACCCGACUAGAUAUCAGAAGAUCAUGAAGCGCCUGAUUAAGCGCUACGUGCUGAAGGCCCAAGUAGACAGAGAGAGUGAUGAAGUCAAUGAAGGUGAGCUGAAAGAGAUCAAGCAAGACAUUUCCAGCCUCCGUUAUGAGCUCCUGGAGGAGAAGUCUCAGGCUGCCGGUGAACUGGCCCUGCUCAUCCAGCAACUUGGUGACAAAUUUGGCAGGAACACCAUGAGGCACUGACAGGAGAAACCAGAGAGGAAGAUGUGAAAGAGGGUGAAACAGUCACGAAGGCUAAAAGGUCUUAAGGUUUAAGGUCUUUACUGUAGAUGAGGGGGAGGAAGGAGGGACAAUGAAACAAGUUGGAGAAGCGAAAGCCGAGGUAAAAUUGCUAACUCAAGGUAAAAGGCGAGCGUUUGUAUAUGCAAUCACCAAUUAGGGAGACAUUUCUGAGGAAGAUAGCUGUAAGUGCUGGAGCAAGUGAGAAUGUGAGGUCAAAGGCGAAGAGGUGAAGUGUGUGGGGGCGUGUUGACAGUGGAGGUCUAAUUAAAGGCAGUGUCUUCAGAAGAGAGGGAUGGAAGACAGUGGCUCACAGGCUGGGUGGGAGAGCUGAGGGGGAGACUAGAAGGAGCUGAAGUGGUAAACAAGCACCAUGAGAUAUAAAGAGGACCCACAGGGCACAGCACCGCCGCUGCACAGCAACCACGGCCCCCCGUAUCUGUUGACAACUCUGAGGCAAAAGAAACGGCAAUCCAAGGAAGUGAUGACACAGAGAGGGCGUUUGAAGAAAAGUGAGGAGGACGAAGAGAAGAAAGAACAAAGAAAAGUAACAAACACAGCCACAGUUUUCACAUCAGAAAGGCUUUUGGCUUUUCUUCAAUGUCCUCUCUUCGACAUGACAGGCAGUGAACGUUGAUACUGAAAAGCCCUUUUACACAACAGGCGAUCUAAUUAACGCACCUCCGACCACAAUGCACAACCCUGACGCCACCAGUCAAAAAAUUCAGGAAAAUGCAAGGGAACGAUAAAGGAUUUUAUGCAUCGGUUGAAAAAUUGGAGACUCACCGUCCAUUUACCUUAAUGUCAGAUGAUCAGUUUCAUAUUCCUUUUUGAUGAUAUGAUGUGCACGACGGAAAUACAGUAGUGAAGCUUAUUUUCUUCAACAUAUUCUAUCAUUUACAUUCCCAGGACAGUACACACUGUACAAAUGCAAUACAAAGUAAAAUCUUUAGUUUGUUAAUUCAACAUUCUGUUAGCACCUGGGGUAAAAGUACAAAAGCUUUUCAACAAUAUUUACAGAAAUAAAAAAUGAACUUAUUGUGCAGUUUUCUUACACCAUGAAGGUUUCAGGUUACAAACCUCAUUGCAGAGUUCUAUAGGUAAUAUUGUCAAAGUUCAGGACAUCAUUAUUAUUAUUAUUUGCACAUUCUGGGCAGGAAAAGGCUGCUGAAUGUGCAUGACCGCUGACCCCUCAUCUGGUACUGCAAUAUGGGAGGUAGCCAUUGAAUCUUAGGAAUCAUUUGUCAAAUAAUUAAACUAUUAAUAAAAAAAACUCAAAAGCGCACAUUAUCUGUUACAUUAUAGGAAUGCAAGACCUCGUAGCUAUAUUGCAGUGAUUACCAACUGGCCGCCCGUGGGCCAAAUCCAGCCCAGUAAACCAUUCAUUGUGACCCGUGACUGGAUUUCAAAAUUGUGAGGGUCAAAGGGAAACAUGUUUGUCCACAAAAUUUCUGCCCCUCCGACAUAUAUACAUAGUUUUGACCCCGGCUUUAUUGACAUGAUGUCAAGCCUAACGGGCCUGCCUGCAGUCCAGAUUUCAUCUGGUGGUUAAACCUUAAACCGUAGUAAGUACUGACUGUUGAGUAGCUCUUGCUAUAAAUAAAAUCAUUUAUAGCUAUAUGUAAAGUACAGAUUUUAGUUUUUAUUGCAUUUCAAGAAAGUGUGCACACAUUUAUGGACUUAUGGAUGUUUUGUAAAAAGAACUGACUGUGAGAUUAAAAAAAACCAACAAAACGACAUAAAAACAACCAUGGCAAUAACCAGAAAGCAUUUUUUUUCAACUGGAAAAAAUUAUACGAUACCUCUGGAGCUGUUUAAAAUUGUAUCUUUCACACACAUUUGACCAGUUUUAAAAUAGCGAAAUUCAAAGCUGGUUUUCUCUUCUCUGUGCCUUUCCAGCACAAAGUGUCUCACGCUCUGCCUCAUUUUCUAAAAAGCAUCCCAAAGUGACAUGUCCCGGAGGAGUGGUGUUUACCAGACAUUUGUGAUAUGAGAAAAUCAUAGAGAGACACAAACAUGUCAUUUUUUUUUUUUUUAGAACAGCAACGCAAUCAAAUGGCUGUAAAACACAGGGGAUGGGGACAGAGGGGGUGUGAAGUCAUUUAAUGUCCUUUUUCCUUCUAGGGACUCAUUUGAUAAACUACAUCUGCUGAGCUUGAAUAGAUAAUAAUUACAUUUUAACUAAAUUAUUAUCAUGUGAAACUACUUCUUUGUGUAACUGCACUCCAUUGUGCAGAAUUAAAUUGUGAAUCUGAAACAAACAGUACAGGAAUGUGUCAAAUAGACUUGUGUUGUAUACGCGGUUAGACUGGCUCCAGAAAUCGAAAAAUAAUUUUGAAGGAAUUAGAUUUAGACUGAUCUCCCAACUGAAAAAUAGUUAAUGUUACCAUCACAUUUUCCCCUGAACAUUUGUCAUUUCUCUUCUCUGUUUCUUCUGGUAAAUCUAAAUCUAAAUCAUUUUCUUCAG